CUUACUGGUUCAGGGUCUGCCAAAUGACCAAACGUUCUUCAUAUGUCGAAGACUCUCCUCUCUCGCAUCACCCCUCACCACACUCACAACUCCAAAUCACCAUCCAAAAUCUCACCUCAUAUCAAGAAAAUCGUCAACGAACUCUGUCACAUUCUCACAACCCAACACCCCAACUGGGAACAAACCAUCGAAACCCGCCUCUCUCAACAUAACAUCGUCCCAUCAGAUGUUGCACACCAAGUGUUCGAUAAAAUUCCCGACGUCGAAUCCGGCUUAAAAUUCCUUAACUGGAUAACUCAGAGACCAUAUGGGUGUCCUCUUAAUGGGGCUGCUUAUUCCUCUCUUUUAAAGCUGUUAGCAAAGUCGAAAGCUUUUCAUGAGAUUGAUUCUGUGUUCAUUCGUAUGAAAUGUGAAAAUGAAUUGCCUACUCAUGAUGCUCUAGGUGUUCUUGUUCGAGUCUAUUCGGAAUGCGGGUUGGUUGAUAAAGCUCUUGAGUUUUAUGCAUUGGCUGUUGAAACAUACAACAGUGUCCCGAAUGUGUUUGCUUGUAAUUCUUUAUUGACCGGGCUUGUGAGAAAUGAUCGUCUGGAAGCCGCACACCAAGUGUAUGAUGAAAUGCUUCAAAGAACCGAUUCUGUUUGUGCGGAUAAUUAUAGUACUUGUAUAAUGGUGAGCGCGUUUUGUAAGAAAGGAAAGGUCGAAGAAGGUCGAAAGUUAAUUGUUGAUAGAUGGGGGCAAGGUUGUAUACCCAACGUUGUUUUCUACAACAUCCUCAUUGAUGGUUAUUGCAAGAAGGGUGAUGUUAAGAAAGCGUUUUUGUUGUUUAAAGAGCUUAAAUUAAAGGGGUUUUUGCCUGCGGUUGAGACGUAUGGUGCAAUGAUAAACGGUUUUUGCAAGGAAGGAAAUUUCGGUUUUGUAGAUAGACUUAUGAACGAGAUGAAGUCGAGAGGUUUGGUGAUAAAUGUUCAAGUUUAUAACACCGUUAUGGAUGCUCAAUGUCGUCACGGUUACAAGACGAAAGCAGUUGAGAUACUAAAAAACAUGAUUGAAAUCGGUUGUGCACCAGAUAUUGUUACGUAUAACGUUUUAAUAUAUGAUUCUUGUACACGUGGGAAAGUUACAGAAGCCGAACAACUUGUGGAACAAGCUGCAAGAAGAGGACUAAGACCGAAUAAGUUAACGUAUACACCUUUGUUAAACGCGUAUUGCCGGCAAAAUGAUGCCCACAAGGCGUUAGAUUUGUUCGUUAAGAUGGUCGAUAACGGAGAAAAACCCGACCUGUUAACCUAUAAUUCUCUUAUUCACGGGAUUGUUACUUUAGGCGAGAUUGAAACCGCAAUAAUAAUAUUGGAAAAGAUGACCGAAAGAGGAGUAUUCCCUGAUGCAGGGGUAUAUAAUAUUCUGAUUAACGGACUCUGCAAAAAACAUAAACUUCCGGCUGCGAAGAAGUUGCUUUCUAAGAUGCUUGAUCGAAACAUCCCACCUGAUAAAUUCGUUUAUGCAACGUUAAUCGACGGGUUUAUUAGACAUCAAGAGAUUAACGAGGCGAAGAAGCUCUUUGAACUUGCAAUUCAAGAAGGUAUGAAUCUUGAUGUUGUCGUGUAUAAUGCAAUGAUCAAGGGUUACAGCAAAAAUGGUAACUUAGAAGAUGCGGUUUCUUGCGUCAAAAAGAUGAUUAAAGCGAAUAUUUCACCAGAUGAGUUUAGCUAUUCUACAAUCAUAGACGGGUACGUGAAACAACAUGAUCUUGAUGGCGCGUUGGUAAUUUUUAAUCGUAUGGUGAAACAAAACUGUAAGCCGAAUGUGGUCACGUAUACUUCACUAAUUAACGGAUUCUGUCGAAAAGGAGAUAAUCUCGGUGCUGAGAAAGUACUAAAAGAGAUGAAGUUUCAUGGGGUGAUGCCAAAUGUUGUUACUUACAGUAUAUUAAUAGGAAGCUAUUGCAAAAACGGUAAACUAGCAAAAGCAGCUUCUUUUUUCGAACAAAUGUUAACGAACAAAUGCAAGCCGAAUGAUGUUACGUUUCAUCAUUUAGUGAACGGUUUCUCGAAGCCUUAUGAGAAAGAUAACGAGGCGAAAAGCUUGAUGUUUUUGGAUAUCAACAGUAGGAUGAUAUCAGACGGUCGGUGUACAAGAGUUGCUGCGUACAGUACUAUCGUUGUAUGCCUUUGUCUUCACGGAAUGCUCGAUAUAUCUUUGCGGCUGAGUGAGAAAAUGGGGAUUCGGGGCUGUCCGAUUGUUUUUGCUGCUUUGUUAUAUGGCGUUUGCUUAGAAGGGAAGGCGAAAGAAUGGAACAAUGUGAUUUCGUGCAGUUUGAAUGAAACGGAUCUCGUUGUUGCUGUAAAAUAUUUGUCGAUUUUUGAUAGAUAUGUCCCACAAGGGGCGAUUUCAGAAGCUUCUUUGAUUUUGCAGAGGUUGAUUGAUAAUAGUAAGGCCAAGCAUCAUGAAGUUUUGUUAGCUAGAGAAGAAUGAAAUUAGGUGAUUUUACAUUGUAUAUUAAAUGUAUCAAGUACGAAUACGCGAUUUACAUGUUCUUGUUGCAUUUUA